GUACAGUACUAGGUCCAUGGAAGUCACCAGGAGCACGGAAACGGACAGCGCGCCCCGGUCGCCAGAGAUCGGGUCGGCAGCGGCCAAAAGGAAGCGACAGCCCCGAAAUUCAGCAUGUCAGGCUUGCGCAGCUCUCAAGAUGAAAUGUAUCUCGACGGAGACAGGCCGUUGUGAGAGAUGUAUCAGAUGCAGUAAAGAAUGCCGCCCUGCCAUACCUAAACAAAGGAAACGAGCAACACAGAGCAACGUAGGCGAGUCUGAAGGCAUACCGAUUGGCGAUUUUGCAGGCUCUUCCAGCUUGCAACCAAGCUCUCCAACAACCAAAUCCGAACCCGCCAGCGGCAAGCCGCCCGAGUAUCCAGCAGAUCGCAGCGAACUCCUGUCACGCCACGAUCUAUCUUACAACAGCAGCAAGUCAUUCGUGUCUCUGUUUGCAAGAGGCCUCGGCAAUGUGACUGCGUGCGAGGAACUUCUACGCGGUGUUGACUACAAUUUCGUCCGCAAGUCGUUCACAGUAUAUGCGCAGCUGAUACCCUUCUUCCCGUUCGUGGAACUCAGCCCAGGCGCAGACAUCAUACCAACGGUGGCCAGCCGCCCAGUGCUGACCCUUGCGAUAUGUACUGUAACUUCAGGUGCAUUUCCGGAAGUGCAGGCUCGUCUGAGCCAGGCCUUUCGCUAUGCAUUGUCCUCGAAAGUCAUAUUAGGCAGUGAGCGCAGCGUGGAUCUUUUGACCGGGUUCCUGGUGUUUCUGGCGUGGCAUCAUCAUUACAUGUCGCAACAUCAGCUGUACCAGCAGCUUUCCCUCCUGGCUGGAAUGGCCGCAGAUCUCGGCUUGUACAAUCGACCUUUCUUACCUCCAGAAGAUGCAUCGAGCACAGUAGAACGAGAUCGAGCUUUCGUGGGUUGUUACUAUCUCUGCAGUCACUUGUCUGCAGUCGGAUUUGACAAACCGAACCCGCUCAGGUGGACCACCUUUCUGCGAACUUGUGCAGAGAGUGCUGCUGCAACCGGUGGUAUGCCCUCCGAUCGUACACUCGUGGCCACCUUGGAGCUUUGUUGCGUGAUUGAUGACAUGGAGGAAGGAUUGCGGCAAAUGACAGAUGGUCCGCAAGUAACAUCAUCUCACGCCAUCGACGGACAUACUAGAGCCGCAAGUCAACGCCUCAAGGCCCUGAAACGAGAGUAUCCAGGACUAGGCGGCACUCUGGGGUUUACAGCGGCAACCAUUCAUGUAUACCAACGACUACUUCGAGCUGGUCCGAGUGCAGAUUCGUCUGUUCUCAUCCAAUGCGCUUGCACGAUCAAGGAAUAUGUCGACGAACUGUUAGCCAAGCCAUACUCGACCAUACAUCAGAUCUGCAUCGUAGACUGGGCAGACUUGCUGCACAUCCUGGUUCUCAUGUCACGAGUAUUUCGGCCUCUUCCAAGCGCAGGCGGCUGGGAAGCAGGCGCGUUAACGUCCAUGCUGCAGCCAGACAGCACCAUUGACUCUGUGCUCGCCCACACUUCAGCUGCGCCUGAUGACCCUUUGACACCGAGGCACGAGCCACUACUUCGCUUCUUUCGAAAUCUGUGCGAGAGCGUCAAGCGCGGGUCCACAGGGUCUGCUGCAGGCAGUGGUCCCGCCGGUCCACGUGGACAGUCCAGCUUCUUCGGCAGCAGUGUGCUCGAGUCUGAGUAUUGGGAUCACUUUGAAUAAACACACACUUGACACCCCACUCACGGCACUCUGUAUUUCAUCGAUGCUCGAAUAGACACAGGCUACAGUAUGGACUCGAGCUCAGAGAAGAUCGGAACGACCGCUUGGGCGCCCGGACCAUCGGGCAAUGGAUCAGGCUCGCAUGAGAAAGCGCAACACAUUCGCAAGGUUUGACACAAAGUACCUCCUACCAGCCAAUGUCUAUGCCUUGUACCAGCAAAGAGCUCAGAUGAGACAUAUCGUCGAUAUGAUAGCCUACCUGAUGCCUUUUCACAGUCUCACUCCGUACGGCAGCCCUCGGGAACCGAAAAGAAUAGAGGUAGCCUACCUCCAAGGAUCUCGGCGUGGCGGCGAGAAGUCUCGUGUCCCGGAUGUCAAUGCUGCGGCGACGAAUACUAUAUUACCUACCAAUAUUGGAGGCCAGUAAUUACAUAUACCUACCUUAGUGCAUUGCAACAAGGAGUGAACGAGCGAGCAGAUGGGAUUUUCGGCGGGAAUAUGAAAUACAC